GAAACAGUAUUGUGAAAAAUAAGCGGCUAUUACAGGAAGAGACAGAGUGACCUCAGCUUUGUUGUGCCUUUGUUACUUGCUAUGCAUUGCUCAAAUAGAUUUUUGCCACUUGAAGAAAAGUCAGAUUGACAAUGGACGAUAUUUUACGUAGUGAGGUGAUCAUUGUUCUUCAGCAACAACAAAAUGGUGUUCAUGUGGAAGACUUUGCUGGUCUUUUCCGCAAAACCUUUGGUUAUGAAUUCAAGCUUUCAAAUUAUGGCUACAAAUCCCUGAAAAGCAUACUUAAUGAUAUGAAAGAUGAUGUUGUAUUAAUAGAGUCAACUCAUGGACUUGUGAUAAAAUGUGUAUCACUCUCUGAUGAAAGUGCUCAGCUUAGUGGAAGCGGUGUAUCCCAGACAGAUGUCCCACAUGUAUUAAAGAGUCAAACGAGCCCUACACCUGAUCCUGUAGCCACACAAGAUAAUAAGACUGGCAACCAAACUGAAAACGAACAUUCUUCUACCGCACAAUUAGGGACUAACACCAGCAUCUCUAAUAUACCAUCUUCUGGACAAAAGCCCAGUAACAAUCAACUACAUGUAUUUGAUCAAAUUCAGUUUCAACAUGCUAACAGCCCAAAUGAGCAGUCAGAUAAAAAAAUUACAACAAAUGUUGCUAAAGCUUCUUCUUCUUCAUCCAAGAAAAUGUCAUCAACGCAGCACAAUUGCACUACUAAAACGGAAAAAUCUCAACCUGUUCAAAAACAUUCGAAAACAGCUAUGCCACAAAAGAGCAAACACUUUGCAACGUCAAGGCCUCGGAAACAUUCCACAAAUAGUGUCUCCAAAAUAAAGACUGAAAAAAUGGUGUCAAAUUCUUCCUAUAUACAACAGAACAAACUUACCAGAACAAUUGCUCCAUCUGGAACUGGAACUAAGCAACUCCCAUAUAAACAGACAAAGGCAGGAAUAAAAACUAGUCUUGCAAAACAAAAUAUGCAGCAACAAACCUUGUCUAAUCAGUUGGUAUUACCUGUUAAUGUUUUGUACAACAGGAAUAUGCAGGGGUAUCAAAAUGUACAAACUGUCUCCAAAGUGCAGGAAAAUGUAUUAUAUGCAGAUGCAAUUAAAAAAAAUUUAAAUUUAAGACAAAGUGCAUUUCAAUCUACACCAAUUCGAAAUGCACAACAAAAUAAAGAAAACCACAAUUUACAAACCUUCCAUCCUUCCCCCUGUAUUCCUAGAACGGAACAUAUGGCACCAGCAUUAAGUCCAACAGUUAAACAAAACAUUCAAAAAGUUCUGAUGAUCCAUACAAAUGGAAUAUCUAUCUUUCAAUUACAAAAGGUUUAUAAUUUUAUGUUCCGCCAACCUCUUUCUCUCAAUAGAUUUUCUUCAAUGAAGCAACUACUGAUGAAAAUAAAAGAUGUGGUUAACAUACAAGGUUUAGGUGUCCAGACAAGGCUAUACCCCAUAUCUUCUGAUGUCAUUCCAACACCCACAGUAUGUGAUCAGUAUGGUUUUUCACUAUUGAUAAAAGAAACCAGUAUGAAGAAUGACAAUGUGCUGGUCAACGCAAAUCUUGGCAAAACAGAUACAGCAGAAGAAUGUUAUAGUCUCAGCUCCAUGAAAACCAAUACUGAGCCUCCCAAGAUGGUUGAAGUAAAUGUGCCAACAUUAUCUUCUAGAAAAGAAACAUGCAAGACUUCUUCAGUUGUUAACCUGGAAACAUCAACCAACCUUGUUCAAAGUCUAAUGUCUACAACAAAGGAUUGUAGCUCAUUCAGUGCAGAAGGAAACAACCUUACCUGGACCAUCCCAGAUGUUGUGUAA